CUUGGCUCUCUCAUCAAUCCAUCUUUUCCGUGGUCUACAUCUUCCUUUUAUAACCUGAGUCCUUGGCGUUAUAGACUUUCGAGGCUGGGUGGUUAGGUGAUAUUCGUAACCGGUGGCCAAAGUAUUGUAUUUUCUGUUUGUCUAUGAAAUGCAGGCAGAACUCACAGCUAAUGGCAGCUCUUAUUUCUUCUUUUCUCUGCCUGUCAAAUCUUGUGAUGUUAAAGGUUUUGCGGAGAUACAUCAUCUCGCUUGCAGUGAUUUUGUUUUCAUGGGUUUUACUUAAUGUCCAGGUCUGGCACUGGUAGCAUAACGUUGAUAUAAACAUUGAAGUGAUAAGCUGUCUCCAAAUCUUACUAUACUACUUCUUUAUUAUUCUCUACCCAUGCCACUACAUACGCUUUGAAAAGAGGGGAUGGUGCUGGCAGAAUUUACUUUUUGUAAGCAGUCUCUAUAGCACACCGGCGGUCCACAAUGUAUCGGGGAAUGAAAUUACAAUGUAUGUGUCACUGACAAAAAAAUUACCAAGUCAGAUCUUUAGAGAAGAACGGUCAUAAAUAGAAUGUAUAUUCUGCACGGAUACACGGGCUUAAGUUAUCAUAAAACUUAAUCAAACAGCUUUCAGUCUGCCAGUCAGUCAAAUAAUCCUGGAUCUAAGAACGCACAAUAGGAAUAGCAACACAACACUAACAACAAAAAGUAAAUAAAAUUUAAGGAAAUUAAAAUUUCUAACCAAAUCUUCCUGUCACCUUUGGUAGACGUUCAUUUAGCUCCUAUCUAUCUCGCUUUUAGUCUUAAAAAAGGGGGGCGGGGAGGUUGAAAAAUGUAAAACUUCGAAGAAAUGGAACAGAAUUUUCAAGUCUGCAAAAAGGUAAACAUGAAAGCACAUAGAAAGGAAAAGAUCAACACCCAGAAAAAACAUUUUCAACGAGAGCCAUCUUUCAUUUCACAGGGUGUGUUGGACGAUGACGUCUUUAGGCUCAUCCGAGCCGGGGCUCUGAGCGUUGCCCCAGGUGUAUCCGUGUCCCAAGCCCUCCUGUGUGAAAUCGUCCUGACCUUCAUGCUCAUCUUUGGGGCUCUUGUCGCUCUCGUGCCAGAGGAAGGGAAAUGUUGCCCACUCGUAGGCCCCAUCUGCGUUGGUACUACUGUUGGCGUUGCUAUACUUUCAGCAUCCCGUGUGUCUGGCCCAUCCAUCAACCCAGCUCGGAGCUUCGGUCCUGCGAUGGUCGCUUGGAUGUACGGCAUGGGUUCAGACGUGUGGACAUAUCACUACGUCCACUGGGUGGGGCCCAUCCUGGGUACCGUAUUAGCAGUGAUCUUCUUCAGGUUAGUAUACCCGGGGGUGGGCUGGAAAGUAAUGUCUGUUAAGCCAUGAUGGUUUUAUUUAUUUGUUGUAGAAUUUGGAAAAUUGCUACUAAUGUUAAUGCUUUCUAACCAUAUGGUUAUGAGCACAAAAAAGUCUGUUCUUCAUGUCUUCAUUCACACUCAAAGUUGCAUGUGUCUCUAUAAGCGACUGGGUGCCUGACCCAGAAGUAAAAUGGCGACCUCCAUGAAGACUGUUCAGAAGCUAAUGUUCAUAAAAGAAUAUUCUGUUUAUAGUGUGGAUUUUGUAUUAUCAUUAGGCAAUGGGCAAGAUCGUUGAAAGGAAAAGAUUUGUCUGAGACAAAGUUCAACGACCAAACAUAUUCUGGUUGACCACAAAGUGUCUCGAAUUCAGCCUUUCAAGAUAAGGAAGAGAGCACGAUUUAGGUUGCACAGUCUGAAUCUUGUUCUUCCAAGCUUGGUGCUUUUUCAUGUUCCCACGGCUAAUUGUGCACCUGAAAAGGAAGUACUUCGGCAAUGAUACUGAAGCAGAGGUUAUGGGUUAUGGUGAAGACAAAAGUCUGCUGAUUUCUUUGCUGACGGGAUGUGCUAACUAGUGCGACAUUGGCGGAUCUUAGGGAAUAGCAGCAGAGAUAAAGUCAAAAAAUAAAGUAAGCAAUGUAUAACUAAGAUUCUAAACGGUCUUUUUGUGUACCACUUGUGAAAAAAAAAUGAAAAUAAGAAAGUAGUGACAUGACAGGCAUUUCUAUGAAGCCCAUCCUUGUAUAAGCGCUGAUAUGAUGGUACCAUCCUCAGCUGUGGUACUUGCCACCCUAGUUCGAAUCUCAACAAGACCAGUAUUAAACUUUGCAUCCAAGAGGAUAUCAUUGUCUUGCGACUUUCCACCAUCUUAGUAGUAACAGUUCUGUUGGAAACGGACAAUAAACUUUAAAUCCGAGGUUCUCUCCUCUCACAUAAAUCUUGCUGAGUCAUUCUAGCUUGAUAAGGGCAAGGUUUGAUUUUUUUUUAACAUGACCGGAUUAAAGAGUAGUUAUUGUGAUUUUUUCCUCUAAGAGUUCUACGCUCUUCUAGACAAACGUGGUCAUAUUGAAGACAGAGGACAGAGCCCAGUUGAGAAAGUAAAGAAGAAAAAAGGAAUGCUGAAACAAUCGAAGUAUAUGC